AUUUUAUUUUCAUUAUUUGCGCUUUUUGUUUACUAAUUUAUUGCCAAAUUUUAUAUCGUUCUUGAAAAUCAAAUUAAAAAAAUGACUACAAAUCGUUCUAUAACACAAUCUAAAGAAGCUUUAUUAAAAUCCUAUCAAGUGCGUCUAAAAGAUGAUGUAAAAAGUAUGCUGGAAAAUUUCGAAGAAAUUAUUAAGCUGGCACGUGGUGAGGGUGACUCCCAAAUAUCGAAAACCACUCAAUGUGAACAAGACACAUAUGAGAUGCAAGUUCGUGCUGCUAAUAUUGUAAGAGCCGGUGAAUCUCUAAUGAAACUUGUUUCGGAUAUUAAACAGUAUUUGAUAUUGAAUGAUUUUCAUUCGGUUAAUGAAGCGAUUGCCAAUAAUUCACAACUUUUUCGUGCCACUCAAAGGGAUUGUGAUAAAAAGCUAACAAAACUUCGAGAUGAAAUGGCCAUGGAUUUAUAUGAUUUGGAAGAGGAAUAUUAUACGAGUAUAUUCAAAUAGUAUUUCCAUAGUUUAUAAUUAAUUUAAUGAUUUAAUUAAAAGAAAAUUUUCUAAAAUUCAAAUUAUUAUUGAAAAAUACCAAAAUAAAGGGUGAAAAAUAUAAAAUUUUUAUUUAUUCUAGAGAAAGUUAAUCUU